AUGGCUGCGUCGCUGGUGUUCAGGCUGCAUGACCGGGGGCCGGAGGUGCUGAGGGAGGUGCUGCUGGAGCGUGGCUGGGAAGAGUAUGACAAAAGACAACAACACGACGAAGACUGGAACUUGUACUGGAAGGCCUCGCUCUUUCACAAGUCUGACUACUACAACCUGAUGCCAUGGCAACGGCUCAACCACCACCCAAAGACAAUCGGCAUCACGCGCAAGGACUUUCUGACCCGUAAUCUCAGAAGAAUGAGAACCACGUUUGGGACCGGAGCGUAUGACUUCAGUCCAAUGGCAUUCAUCCUCCCAAAUGACUACACACGUUUCCUGGCUGAAUACAACCGUCAGCGUGGCGGCCCGGGUCUCGCUGUCUACUGGAUCUGCAAACCUGUGGACCUCUCCAGGGGCAGGGGGAUCUUCAUCUUUGAGGACGUCAAGGAUCUGGUUUACGACUCAACAGUGAUAGUACAGCGCUACAUCUCAAAUCCUCUUCUGAUUUCUGGGUAUAAGUUUGACCUGAGGAUUUACGUUUGUGUUAAGAGCUUCAACCCCCUGACCGUGUACAUCCAUCAAGAAGGCCUUCAGCUGGGGUCAAAGCCGACAGGGGACUCAUGGAGGCUCCCGGACAUACAUAGUGGGGGAAGGAGACACAUAGCCUCAAGUCAAAUCCGAGAGAGGGGACCGGCCGCCGCUCCAGUCAGAGUGGGAGACUUCAUCAGAACGUUCCCAUUUAAUCCUGCCACUCUGAAAGCGUCCCAGGACAGUCUGGAGGUAAAAGAAGUGAUUCAAGAGCUCCUCAAGCUGACCGGCAAAGUAUCCAACACUAGCAGGUCCAACAGGAGGCGACAACAUGACAGUGUACGGGACAACGAUGGAGACGGAGGGUUCGAGUCCCUGUUCUGGGGUCUGAAAGAUCCUCCACCCAUCAGCCACUGUCUGAAACACUAA